UCCGCUUUCGCCAUUUUCUCCUGCCAAAUGUUUGGUCUUUGCGUUGUGUCCUGGUGAUUCACGAAUAAAUAACACAUUAUUCUGUUAGACCAUGGGAAGGAAAAAGAAGAAGCAGAUGAAACCAUGGUGUUGGUAUUGUAACAGGGAUUUUGAUGAUGAAAAGAUUCUUAUUCAGCACCAGAAGGCCAAACAUUUCAAGUGUCACAUAUGUCACAAGAAGCUAUACACCGGGCCAGGCCUCGCCAUCCACUGCAUGCAGGUUCACAAAGAAACCAUUGAUGGCGUUCCCAAUGCGAUCCCAGGACGAACAGACAUUGAACUGGAAAUUUAUGGCAUGGAGGGUAUUCCAGAGAAAGAUAUGGAGGAAAGGAGACGGGUGCUCGAGCAGAAAACGCAGGAAAACCAGAAAAAAAAACAGAACCAGGAUGACUCAGAUGAGGAUGAUGAUGACGAAGAAGCAGGGCCAUCAUUCCAGCAGGCAGCAGCACAGCCUCCAGCCGCUUAUGCACCUAUGGCACAGCCUGGAAUGGCACCUGUGCACACCGGGAUGCCACCUGGAACCUACUCAGGAAUGCCACCAAUGAUGCCUGCUGUCCCUCCAAUGAUGCCAGGGAUGCCCCCAGUCAUGCCAGGAAUGCCACCUGGCAUGAUGCCAAUGGGUGGCAUGAUGCCACCUGGACCAGGGAUGCCUCCAAUGAUGCCUGGCAUGCCACCAGGAAUGCCCCCUCCUAUGGGACAUCGUCCAAGUAUGAACCACAUGCCACAAGCUCCUGCGUCCACCACGGCCGGCAUGAUCCCAAGAGCAGCUACGCCCGCAGCCACAGUAGCUGCUCCACAGCCUGCAGUUACCAAGCCCUUGUUCCCUAGUGCAGGACAGAUGGGGACUCGAGCUCCCAGCACAAGCUCGGCCUCCUCCAGUAUGGACACUUUGUCAGCACCCUCUAAGCCGCUGUCGCAAGCUCAGCAGGGUGUGCCUGGGGCAGCAGUGGGGCUUUCAGUCUCUUCUUCUGCUGCUCCCAAAGCCACAUUCCCAGCCUACAGCCAGCCUACGCCCUCUGCUGCCAGUGCAGGCAGCACUGUGGCCAAACCUGCCACCCCCAUUACAAGUAAGCCAGCUACCCUCACCACUACCAGUGCAACCAGUAAGUUGAUCCACCCUGAUGAGGAUAUUUCUCUGGAAGAGCUACGUGCUCAGCUACCACGCUAUCAGUGUAAGAUCCCUAGCACAGGGCAGGCACAUGUUAGCACUUCUCCUGUUGGGCCAAUGGGAGGGGUGAUGCCUGCCCAGGGUGCUUCAUCACAGCAGCCAGGAGCCAGACAUCCCAUGCAUGGGCCUUAUGGUACCCCAUCCCAGGCAGUGCCUGGUUAUGUACCAGGGGCAAUGUCACCUUAUGGGCAAGGUCCCCCAAUGGUUCCUCCUUACCAGGGAGCUCCCCCAAGACCGCCCAUGGCCAUGAGGCCUCCUGUAAUGUCCCAGGGAGGCCGUUAUUGAAGCUCAAAACACCAGUCUCCGAUAGGUUUGGUGAAUCAACCAUUUUCUCAUGUAAUGGUGUUCUUAAGAAGCCAAAUCUUUUAAGGAUAAUUGUAAUUAAAUUUUGUCUAAUAAUGUAAAAUGGGAAAAAAACAGCACUGGUUUAGGCAUGAAUUUUUGCAUAGUUUUUAUUUAGACCUCUCAUAUGUUGCCGAUUCUAUAGUGUGGCUUUUUUCCUCCCCCUAUGUUCCGUUUAGGUUUUUAGAAGUGAAGUUUAGUAAAUAUGGUUCGUAAUAAUUUGAAGCGGCUGGAGUAACGUGAACAGUACAGCACCUUUUAUCAAGGCAAGUCUUUGUAAACAUACUACUGUACUAAACAAAGUAAGCCUUCACAGCACCUUUAGGUGCUGUUGGACUUCAUGUCCCCAGCUUUGCUUGGUGAGGGCUUCAGUUAGAUGUAAAUGUUUUUGUAUGCCUGAUUAUCUUUACGUAUAAAUCAUACCAAUAAUAUCUGAUGUGAAAAAUGUCUGUAUUAAUUUGCAAACUGUAAUAAACAGUGUUGAAAACUUAA